CUGCAUUCUGUUUUCAGGUGCAGCCCUGCUGGGAAACCUUCUCCAUCACGUGGAUUUAAGGAGGAGCUUGACGGUGGAAGAGGGCACCAUGAAGGUUGAGUUACUGCCUGCCCUGACUGACAACUACAUGUACCUGAUCAUCGAUGAUGACACCAAGGAGGCUGCCAUCGUGGACCCAGUGCAGCCUCAGAAGGUUGUAGAAACGGUGAAAAAGCACGGCGUGAAGCUGACCACAGUGCUCACCACCCACCACCACUGGGACCACGCUGGUGGGAACGAGAAGCUGGUCAAGCUGGAGCCUGGGUUGAAGGUGUAUGGGGGCGAUGACCGGAUCGGGGCCCUGACUCACAAGGUCACUCACCUGUCCACACUGCAGGUGGGGUCUCUCAACAUCAAGUGCCUGUCAACACCGUGCCAUACUUCUGGACACAUCUGCUACUUUGUGAGCAAGCCAGACAGUUCCAACCCCCCUGCUGUGUUCACAGGUGACACCUUGUUUGUGGCUGGCUGUGGGAAGUUCUACGAAGGGACGGCGGAUGAGAUGUACAAAGCCCUGCUCGAGGUCCUGGGCCGGCUCCCUCCAGACACAAGAGUGUACUGUGGCCACGAAUACACCAUCAACAACCUCAAGUUUGCUCGCCAUGUGGAGCCCAACAAUGCUGCCAUUCAGGAGAAAUUGGCCUGGGCCAAGGAGAAGUACGGUAUUGGGGAGCCCACAGUGCCGUCCACCAUUGCGGAGGAGUUCACCUACAACCCGUUCAUGAGAGUGAGGGAGAAGACCGUGCAGCAGCACGCGGGCGAGACGGACCCUGUGACCACCAUGAGGGCCAUCCGCAAAGAGAAGGACCAUUUCAAGGUGCCCCGAGACUGAGGCGGCCACAGGGCCUGAGAGCCCGUGGCUGCUGUUGCCGCCUUCAAGCAUUUUAGGUGAAUUUCCUGCUAGGAGUGCAGGAGAUUCAGUCUUGGUUUAAUUUUAAGUUAAUUUCAGAGCCCUUUGCUUGUGUUAUCAAAUGUUCUGAUGCAUAUUUAUAAGAGAAGAAGUUUAGGAAGUGUGUAUCCCUGGAA